AAGGGUGAGCAGCAGUAAAGGUCCUUUUCACCCUCCACUUCCGCCUUUGAUUUUAUUAAUGGUAUUAGAGCCAUCAAGAUCAUAGCGUGGAUUGGAGAUUGGAUUUCUUGAUUGGGUUUUUCAUCUCGUAUUGAUGAAUUGGAUUCAAUAAUGGCUAAGAAAAAUGAAACUUUGGCUGUCAAAUUAGAUGGAAAGAAUUUUCCUUUGUGGAAAUUCCAUUUUCAAUUCUUUGUAGAAGGCAAAGGUUUGUGAGGCUUCAUUGAUGGAAUCGAGCCUAUGCCUGAAGCAUCAAAAGUCAAAGAACUUCAACAGUGGAAGGUGAAUAGUGCAAAAAUUGUUUCUUGGAUUUUGGCUUAUGUUGAUAUUAAUAUUGGAAUACCUGUGCGAGGAUUUCACAUUGCUAAAGCAAUGUGGGAACAUCUUGAAAAGAUCUAUCAGCAAUCAAAUUGGGGGAUUAUGGGUGACUGUGAGGAUUGUUGCUUACAGAGUUUACAAACUCUGAAUGAUGAGAGAAAAGUGAUGCAAUUUUUGAUGAAGCUAAGACUUGAAUUUGAGCCUUUUCGUGCUAGUAUUUUGAACCAGGACCGUUGCACUGGGAUAGUGAAAGGGAAGAGGCGUAGGAUUGGUUGCUUGUUUACCUUGGAAUUUGAUAAAGGAAAUAGUGAUGCUGCAGAACAAUUUUCCAUUGAUCAAUUCUAUGCAACAAACAAACAACCUCAAACUUGUUCCUUUCACCAACCAGAGGAUGGUCCACCUGUGGAUGCUCAAUCAAUAAGUGAUUCUGAUCCUGCUUCUAAUGCCUCUACUAAUUUCAUUGUUUCUUUACAUCGUUUUGCUCAUACUAUUCGUCCACCUGAUUGUCUUAACCUUUUUACCUCUCUCUCUUUGUUGACAACAUUAGAUUUUGUUGAUAUACCUUGUUCUUACCAGGAGGUUGUUAACAUUCCUUGUUGGAAGGAAGUUAUGGAUUCUGAAUUAAGUGCCUUAUUGGAGAAUGAUACUUGGGAUAUGGUACCUUGUCUUUCUAAUGUGUCUAUUAUUGGUAGCAAGUGGGUCUUUUCUAUUAAACUCAAAGCAGACGAUAGUAUUGAGCGAUAUAAAGCAAGACUUGUUGCCCAAGGUUAUAAGCAAGAGUAUGGAGUUGAUUAUAUAGAAACAUUUGCACUAGUGGCUGAAAUGACUAUAGAAACUGUUUGUGUGAAGCCUCCUCUAGGUUAUUUAUAUGCUAAAUCCAUGGUUUGCAAAUUAAAGAGAUCAUUAUAUGGUCUUAAGCAAGCUCCUCGAGCUUGGUUUGAAUGCUUUCAUCAAGUUAUUGUUGAUGAUGGUAAUAAGGAAGGUAUUGCUAAGUUGAAAGAGUUACUUUGUCGUUCUUUUAAUAUGAAAGAUUUGGGGCCAUUGACUUAUUUUCUUGGUUUAGAAGUUCACUCAUCUUCUCGUGGUUAUGUGGUGAAUCAAUGGAAGUAUGUUCUAGAUUUGAUCCAAUUUGCAAACUUAUCUGAUGAUAAAUGUGUUGACACUCCAAUGGAAGUAAAUGUCAAGCUUAGGAAGGAGGAUGGUGAAAAACUCUCUAAUCCUAGCUUUUAUAAUCAACUUGUGGGUCGCCUCCUUUAUCUUACUAUGACUAGACCUGAUAUUGCUUAUGUUGUGCAAGUGUUUAGUCAAUUUGUUGUAGAUCCUUAGUGGUUACAUUUAACUGUUGCUCUUCGCAUAAUUCGAUAUUUUCAUGGCACUUUUCUUCUCCUCUCAUCCUUGUAUGCAAUUGCAAGCUUAUGCAGAUGUUGAUCGGGCACGUUGUCAUGAUACACGUUGCUAAACCACAAGUUGGUGUGUGUUUCUUGGUGACUCCCUUAUUUCUUGGAAAUGUAAGAAACAAAAAACAGUGUC